AUGUUUUUGCUAUAUGUUCUGUUAACGGCAAGUCUAUGCCAUGGUCAAUUUCAAACUACAGCUCAAUCAACAACAGCAUCACCCAGUUUAGCCUUGGCGACAUGUAAUUCAACUCUUUGUAAAUGGUCAUCUAUGUCCUGUUCUUCGAAUCUCGAUUGUGAAUGUUUUUCAUUGACCAAUACUGUUAAUGGAACUAUCUCGGGCAUAUGUGCUGUUGCCGAUCUUUCCUGCACUUCAAUGAUUCGAUGUAAUUCAGACAAUAUUACAUGUUCAAUUGCACAAACAAUUUGUGUUAACAGUACACGAUGUCAACAACCUGUUUGUUAUCCAAUGGCAUUGGCUAGUAUUCAAAUAUGUCCUCCAAAUCGAAUAACAACUCUGAUUCCAACAGUUACGAAUGCAACAACGAGUUCAAACUUACCAACGUUGGCUACAACUCGUCCUACUAGUACAACAACAACUUCUAGAACUAUGUGGAGCCCAAAUGGAAUUACAGUUGCUGGUAUCGGUAAUGGUAGUUGGGGUUCUGCCAUGAAUGAGUUAAAUUAUCCACGAAACGUAGCUAUUGAUAGUCAUCAAAAUUUAAUUAUAGCGGAUUCUGGGAAUGGACGUAUACAGAAGUAUUUUACAAGCAAUGGUACAAUUAUUACAUUAUUGAGCAAUGUAGGAGUAUAUCACGUAUUUAUAGAUCAGUAUGACAAUAUUUACUAUGAUGACUACAGUAGUGUACAGAAAUUGAGUAGCGGUGGCUUGAUAGUAACAAAAACAACAGUAGCUGGAGAUAAUCGUACACAAGGUAAUAAAACGAAUCAACUUAAUCAGCCGCAAGGUCUUUAUAUUGAUCGAUUUGGAACUGUAUAUGUAUCAGAUAGUCAGAAUCAUCGUGUAAUGAAAUGGUAUGUAAAUGCAAGUGAAGGUAUUGUAGUUGCUGGUAGUAAUGGAGAUGGAAGUGCAUCAAAUCAACUCAGUUAUCCUCAUAGCAUAUUUGUUGAUGAAGUAAAUGAAGUUGGUGCAAUUUAUAUUUGUGAUUUCAUGAAUGCGAGAAUACAGAAAUGGUUACCAGGUGCACAAUUAGGUAUAACUGUCGCUGGUGGUAAUGGAAUAGGUGGUGGGUUAAAUCAAUUGUUUUAUCCGGUAUCAAUUAUACUAGAUCCAAUUACAAGAAUCAUGUAUCUGGCAGACUAUGGUAAUAAUCGUAUAGUCAAAUGGUUGCCAAAUGCAAAACAAGGACAAAUAAUUGCCGGUGGGAAUGGUCAAAGUGCACGAGCAAAUGAAUUUUUUCGUCCCCAGGGAAUUAAAUUUGAUUCAAAUUGGAAUUUAUUUGUAACAGACUGGGCUAACAACAGAAUUCAAAAGUUUCUAUUUAAUGUAUCAUCUUGCUAA